AUGGGCAACAUCAUUGAAUCGUUUGCUUCCGGAUUCGGAAAUUCUGUUGGAAAUUUUUUCACUUCUCCACUUGAAUUUCUUUCAGGAAACUCUUGUAGCUCACUAUGUGGACCAACAUGGGAUCUCUUUUGCUAUAUUGAAAAUUUUUGUGUUGCUAAUCUAUUGAAGCUGGCCUUAGUAUUUGUUCUAUUGUACAUUGUUUUGUUGUUCUUCUAUGUGCUAUAUAAAUUAGGCAUAUUUAGAUGUCUAUGUCAUUCUGCUUGCAAAAUUACAUGGGCAUGUUUCUCUUCAUGUUUCCACAUUUUGGAGUAUUGUUGCACUUUCUUAUGUAUUAAACUACACAAUGUCAAGAGGAGGAGAAGAAGAAAGGUUAGAAUGGGAACAAAUCAAAACUUCUACUCUACAACCGGAGAAGAAUACAUUGAUGAAAGUCUUUCAUACCAUUUUCCAACAUCAGAAAGAAGCCGAUCGUUUUCGCGUCAAAGGAGAGACUAUAAAGGUUGUCAUUUAAGAAAGUCUUUGAAGCCUAAGAGGGGUCACACUCAAGUUGAAAUUAGUAGAAAUCUUAGUUAUAAGAAUAAAAGGAAUCUUAGUAUUAGAGAUCAAAGUUACACAAGCAAUGCAAAUAUUAAGCAUGGUAAUUACAAAGGCACAAUUCAUGACAUUAAGGUAACACAAACAUCAAAGUUUGCUAGAAAGGGUAUGAAUCAUAGGAAAAAAGUUACUAGAAGGCAAAAACAUUAG